UCGUGUAGACGCAGAGGAGGCGGCUGCUUCCGAAUUCAGCCUCCUAAUUAAGCGGGGUCCCUGCCUACCUCCCACGCGGGGGCUCCCAUUCCCGCCCCCGCUGCCCAGAGUCGCUGCCACCGUCGCCAGGAUUUCGGGAAGCUGAACCUGCAAACUUGGUCAGCAUGGAAGGAGGAAGAUGGCCAUUUGACCUGGUCAAGCUGUCUCCUGCAUUCCUCCCCACAACCUCUGAGCAUCCCCUCCCAGGACCCUUGGAGAAAUCUGGAUUAAUUGAUGAUAAUGAUGUUGCACACCAAUCCAGAAAAAUGGGUGUAUUGGGCUAUGGUGAGGAAGAUGACGAUCAGGAUUCUAAGGAGUCAUCUGUGAAUUCAUUGGGAAGAACAAAGAAACAGUUUAAAUGCAGGGAAUGUGGAAUGUGCUUCAGUCGUAGUGGAACACUUCGAAGACAUCAACGAACUCACACAAGGGAGAAACCAUUUGAAUGUAUUGAAUGUGGAAAGAGCUUCAGUUAUAGUGGAGGCCUUAAAAGACAUCAACGAACUCACACAGGGGAGAAGCCGUUUAAAUGUAUUAAAUGUGGAAAGAGCUUCAGUUAUAGUGGAGACCUUAGAAUACAUCAACGAACUCACACAGGAGAGAAGCCGUUUAAAUGCAUUAAAUGUGGAAAGAGCUUCAGUUAUAGUGGAGACCUUAGAAUACAUCAACGAAUUCACACGGGGGAGAAACCGUUUAAAUGUAUUGAAUGUGGUAAGAGCUUCAGUUAUAGUGGAGGCCUUAGGAUACAUCAACGAACUCACACAGGGGAGAAACCGUUUAAAUGUAUUGAAUGUGGAAAGAGCUUCGGUUGUAGUCAAGACCUUAGAAGUCAUCAACGAACUCACACAGGGGAGAAGCCGUUUAAAUGUAUUGAAUGUGGAAAGAGCUUCAGUCAAAAUAGAGACCUUAUAAUACAUCAACGAACUCACACAGGGGAGAAACCGUUUAUAUGUAUUGAAUGUGGAAAGAGCUUCAGUUGUAGUGGUGUCCUUAGGAUACAUCAACGAACUCACACAGGGGAGAAGCUGUUUAAAUGUAUUGAAUGUGGAAAGAGCUUUGGUCAUAGUUCAACCCUUAGAAUGCACGAACGUACUCACACGGGGGAGAAACCGUUUAAAUGUAUUGAAUGUGAUAAGAGCUUCAGUUAUAGUGGAGGCCUUAGGAUACAUCAACGAACUCACGCAGGGGAGAAACCAUUUAAAUGUAUUGAAUGUGGAAAGAGCUUCAGUCACAGGGAAUACAUUAGAAUACACCAACGAACUCACACGGGGGAGAAACCGUAUAAAUGUAUUGAAUGUGGAAAGAGCUUUGGUCAUAGUUCAACCCUUAGAAUGCACGAACGAACUCACACGGGGGAGAAACCGUUUAAUUGUAUUGAAUGUGGAAAUAGAUUCACUCAAAGUGGAGCCCUUAGAAUACACCAACGAACUCACACGGGGGAGAAACGGUUUAAUUGCAUUGAAUGUGGAAAGAACUUCAGUCGUAGUGGAGCCCUUAGAAUACACCAACGAACUCACACGGGGGAGAAACCGUUUAAUUGUAUUGAAUGUGGAAAGAGCUUCAGUCAAUGUGGAGACCUUAGAAAACAUCAACAAACUCACACGGGGGAGAAACCAUUUAAAUGUAUUGAAUGUGGAAAGAGCUUCAGUCGUUGUGAUGCCCUUAGAAAACAUCAACGAACUCACACGGGGGAGAAACCGUUUAAAUGUAUUGAAUGUGGAAACAGCUUUGCUCGUAGUUCAACCCUUAGAAUGCACGAACGAACUCACACAGGGGAGAAACCGUUUAAUUGUAUUGAAUGUGGAAAGAGCUUCAGUCAAAGUGGAGACCUUAGAAAACAUCAACGAACUCACACGGGGGAGAAACCAUUUAAAUGUAUUGAAUGUGGAAAGAAUUUCAGUUAUAGUGGGUACUUUAGAAUACACCAACGAACUCACACGGGGGAGAAACCAUUUAAAUGUAUUGAAUGUGGAAAGAGCUUCAGUCGUUGUGAUGCCCUUAGAAAACACCAACGAACUCACACGGGGGAGAAACUGUUUAAUUGUAUUGAAUGUGGUAAGAGCUUCAGUCAUAGUGGAGACCUUAGGAAACAUCAGCUAACUCACACAGCGAGAAAGCCACAGAUCGCAGGUUCCCUCCCUUAUCUCCCCAUUGGCUGGGUACUGCAAGGCUUUCCCCCUUACAAUUAUCCAGCGGAGAUAUCCUGCCUCCCACGCGGGGGUUCCCAUUCCCGCCCCCGCUGCCCAGGGUCGCUACCACCGUCGCCAGGAUUUCGGGAAGCUGAACCUGCAAACCUGGUCAGGAUGGAAGGAGGAAGAUGGACGGUUGACCUGGUCAGGCUGUCUCCCGCAUCCCUCCCCACAACCUCUGAGCAUCCCCUCCCAGGACCAUUGGAGAAAAUUGGUGAGGAGGAGGAUGAUCAGGAUUCUGCGGAGUCAUCUGUGAAUUCAUUGGGAAGAACAAAGAAACAGUUUAAAUGCAGGGAAUGUGGAAUGUGCUACAGUCGUAGUGGAACACUUCGAAGACAUCAACGAACUCACACAGGGGAGAAACCAUUUAAAUGUAUUGAAUGUGGAAAGAGCUUCAGUCAAAGUGGAUCCCUUAGAAUACACCAACGAACUCACACGGGGGAGAAACCGUUUAAAUGUAUUGAAUGUGGAAAGAGCUUCAGUCAAAGUGGAGACCUUAGAAUACAUCAACGAACUCACACAGGGGAGAAACCAUUUAAAUGUAUUGAAUGUGGAAAGAGCUUCAGUAGUAUUGGCGAGUUUAGAAAACACCAACGAACUCACACGGGGGAGAAACCAUUUAAAUGUAUUGAAUGUGGAAAGAGCUUCAGUAGUAGUGAAAACCUUAGAAUACAUCAACGAACUCACACGGGGGAGAAUCCAUUUAUAUGUAUUCAAUGUGGAAAGAGCUUCAGUUAUCAUGGAGCCCUUAGAAUGCAUCAACGAACUCACACAGGGGAGAAACCAUUUAAAUGUAUUCAAUGUGGAAAGAACUUCAGUCAAAGUGGAAACCUUAGAAAACAUCAACGAACUCACACGGGGGAGAAACCGUUUAAUUGCAUUCAAUGUGGAGAGAGCUUCAGUCGAAGUGGAAGCCUUAGAAUACACCAACGAACUCACACAGGGGAGAAACCAUUUAAAUGUAUUGAAUGUGGAAAGAGCUACAGUCAAAGUGGAACAUUUAGAAGACAUCAACGAACUCACGCAGAGGUGAAACCAUUUUACUGCAUUGAAUGUGGAAAGAGCUUUAGUCGCCAUGAUGCCCUUAGAAUACAUGAAAAAACUCACAUGGGGGAAAACCAUUUGAAUGUAUUGAAUGUGGAAAGAGCUUCACUUGUAGUAUAUACCUUAGAAUACACCAACGCACUCACACGGGAGAAACCAUUUAAAUGUAUUGAAUGUGGAAAGAGCUUCAAUCAAAGUGGAGACCUUAGAAUACACCAACGAACUCACACGGGGGAGAAACCAUUUAAAUGUAUUGAAUGUGGAAAGAGCUUCCGUAGUAGUUCAAACCUUAGAAUACACCAACGAACUCACUCGGGGGAGAAACCAUUUAAAUGUAUUGAAUGUGGAAAGAGCUUCAGUCGUAGUGGAUCCCUUACAAAACAUCAACGAACUCACACAGGAGAAACCAUUUAAAUGCAUUGAAUGUGGAGAGAGCAGUCAAAGUGGAUACCUUAGAAUACACCAAUGAUCUCACACAGGGAGAAAGCCACAGAUGUAGGGAAUGUGGAAAGAACUUCAGAGGGAUUGGAGACCUUAAUAUUCAUGCGCAUAUGUUAAUUGUAUUGUUGAAAAUAUUGUUAUGGAGAAAAUAAUAAAGAAUUAUUCACAAAUAUAUAUAUUUGUGAGUGAAUUCACACAGGUGAAAAGCCAUAUAAAUGUAUGCAGUGUUCCACUCAGGGUUCACAAAUCAAGAAACUCAUAAAGGGGGAAGUAAAUUUUAAAUGCAUGGAUCCCGUGUGAUGUUCUGGUGCUUGUAUUUAAAUUUGCAUACACACAUAUAUGUAUUAAAGUAAAUAAGGUCACAUAUACUAAAUGUACAAAAUAAGUUGCAAGUUGUUGCUAGAUAAACAGGGGGAGAGUGAAUCUGGAAUGCUCAAGGUGUGUGAUGAAUCUGUUGAGUUUUGACCUCCGCUCUUCACUGCCAAAAUGAUGGGCUACAAUGGUGGGGGAACAGUAAACAAUUGUCAGGGUGCUUAAAACUGCCAGGGCCAGGGCCUUUUCAACACUGGCUCCGGCCUGGUGGAACGCUCUGUCUCAUGAGACCAGGGCCCCGCGGGAUCUGAUUUCUUUCCGCAGGGUCUGUAAGACAGAGUUGUUCCUCCUGGCUUUGGGCUUGGAAUCAGCCUGAUCACCUCCCCCUCUUUCCUUUUCCUUCUGUCAUGGAUCCCCUUUUUGGGGACUUCCCUGGCUUUUUUCUGGCCCACAUAGGACCAGUCUGGAUAGUUGGCCUUGGUGAAGAUUUGACGUUUUCUUUUUCUUUUUAAAAUAUAUUAAUUGAUUUUUGCAACAAAACAUAGAAAAAACAGAACACAAAAAAAUACAUACACAACACAACAAAAUAUCAACAUUACAACAAAAACAACAAUAUUUCCAAUCAAUCUUAUAUCACGUAUCUUUGUCGACUUCCUCCAUUCCCUCCUAACUGUGUUUCUUUAUAUCCCUUCCUUAGUACUUUCCAUGUCUUGAUUCCAAUAUUUUUAAUAAUUAUCUAAAUUGAUUAAUACUCUUAAUACCUUAUCAAUACAAUAAAUUUCUUAUACUUAUCUCAAAAUAUAAUUCUAUUCUAAUUAAAUCUUAAAAAUUCAAUACCAUAA